UAAGUUUUCACUGUCAUUCUAUCGGAAAAAGUCCGUCUCUGAAAUCAAAAGAUUUUUCAUGUACGCGUCUUGAUAGAAUUUUAUAAAAAUGGAAAAUAUUCCGCGAACACAUGAAGACAUUGAGGCACAGAUCAGCGUGAUCCAGGAGAAGAAGACGGAGUUGGCCAAGACCACGGCCGCGGCGGCUGGCGUGGGAUUGCUGGACAGCGGGGGCUUCUUCGACAGCGACCUGUACGACGAUGAUGCGGCCAAGGGAAAGGGGCGCUAUGAGGGGUACAACACCUCCAUUGCGGCCAACGAUGCCGAGGAGGUGGACGAGGACGAAGACGACGGCUUUCCGGUGCCCCAGAAGCGAACCACCUACACGGCGCCCACAUCCGUGCUGAAGGACGUGACCCAGGGAAAGGAGGAUGUGGAUCCCAUGGCGGAUCGCAGGCGUCCCACGAUUGCGGAUCGUGAGGAUGAGUACCGUCAAAAGCGGCGUCGCAUCAUCAUCUCUCCAGAGCGAGCGGAUCCCUUCGCUGAGGGCGGCAAGACCCCGGAUGUGGGUUCCCGCACCUACACUGACAUCAUGCGGGAGCAGAUGCUAAAGGGCGAGGAGACUGAGCUGCGGCGUAGGAUCCAGGAGAAGACCAAGGAGGGCACUCUGGUGAAGACCGCCUCCUCCUCGUCGUCGUCGGCUUCGAAUGGAGAACUGGCUGCACCCAAGGACGGUGGCAGGAAGCGAGGCAGAUGGGAUCAGACUGUCAGCGACAGCUUUAUCCCGGCCAAGGCGGCCACGCCCAGUAGCGCCGCUACGCCCACUUGGGAAGAUAAAACUCCCGGUGACCAUCGUUGGGAUGAGACUCCCGGGCACAAGGGCAGUGAGACUCCAGGAGCCACGCCGGGACUGGGCACCCGCAUCUGGGACGCCACACCGGCUCACGCCAUGACCCCGGGCCACGAAACGCCUGGGCACGAAAAGUCUGCUAGGAGGAAUCGCUGGGAUGAAACCCCGAAGACAGAACGCGAGACUCCCGGACACAGCGGAUGGGCCGAGACCCCCAAGCCAGAUCGCACAGGCAGCGGGGCCGGCGUGGAGAGCAUCUCUAUCGAGUCCACUCCUGGCGCCUCCAAACGGCGCUCUCGUUGGGAUGAAACUCCCUCGAAUGCCACGCCCGCUAUUACGCCCACAAACGCAAAUGCCAUGACCCCGAGCAUGACUCCCAGCAUGACGCCACAUGCGACUCCGGGACAUGCUACUCCUAUGCUGACGCCAGGAGGCAGCACGCCCAUUGGAGUUAAGGCAAUGGCCAUGGCCACGCCCUCUGCAGGAGCUCUGGCCGCCAUGACGCCCGAGCAGCUGCAGGCAUAUCGCUGGGAAAAGGAGAUCGACGAGAGAAACAGGCCUUACACAGACGAAGAAUUGGACCAGAUCUUCCCGCCUGGUUACAAAAUUUUACCGCCGCCAGCUGGAUACAUUCCGCUCCGCACUCCCGGGAGGAAGCUUAUGGCCACACCCACGCCAAUCGCUGGCACUCCAGCCGGCUUCUUCAUCCAAGUAGAGGAUAAGAAUGCCAAGUUCAUGGACAACCAACCAAAGGGGCAGAAUCUCCCGUUUAUGAAACCUGAGGAUGCGCAAUACUUCGACAAACUCCUGGUGGACGUCAAUGAAGAUGCUUUGUCGCCCGAGGAACUCAAGGAGCGCAAGAUUAUGAAGCUGCUGCUGACCAUCAAGAAUGGCUCGCCGCCCAUGAGGAAGUCGGCCUUGAGGCAGAUAACGGAUAAGGCGAGGGAGUUCGGAGCAGGUCCCUUGUUCAAUCAGAUUCUCCCGUUGCUUAUGUCGCCCACCUUGGAGGAUCAGGAGCGCCAUUUGCUGGUGAAGGUUAUUGAUCGCGUUCUGUACAAACUGGACGAUUUAGUGCGGCCCUAUGUCCACAAGAUUUUGGUGGUCAUAGAACCUCUGUUGAUCGAUGAAGAUCACUAUGCCCGCAUAGAAGGCAGAGAAAUCAUAUCCAAUUUGGCUAAGGCUGCUGGCUUGGCUACCAUGAUCUCAACCAUGAGACCGGAUAUUGACAACAUCGACGAGUACGUGAGAAACACCACAGCUCGAGCCUUUGCUGUAGUGGCUUCAGCUCUGGGCAUCCCCUCUCUAUUGCCCUUCUUAAAAGCCGUGUGCAAGUCGAAGAAAUCCUGGCAGGCGCGUCAUACUGGUAUCAAGAUUGUCCAGCAGAUUGCCAUUCUCAUGGGAUGCGCUAUAUUGCCGCAUCUUAAAGCUCUGGUCGAGAUUAUCGAGCACGGAUUGGUGGAUGAGCAGCAAAAGGUGCGCACGAUUACAGCCUUGGCCAUUGCUGCUCUGGCGGAGGCAGCCACUCCGUACGGCAUUGAGUCCUUCGAUUCCGUGCUGAAGCCCCUUUGGAAGGGUAUUCGAACCCAUCGAGGCAAGGGUCUGGCCGCCUUCUUGAAGGCCAUUGGUUAUCUGAUUCCCCUGAUGGACGCCGAGUACGCCAACUACUAUACCCGUGAAGUGAUGUUGAUCCUCAUCCGUGAAUUCCAGUCUCCGGACGAGGAAAUGAAAAAGAUCGUCUUGAAGGUGGUGAAACAGUGUUGCGCCACCGACGGUGUGGAGCCGCAGUACAUCAAAGAGGAGAUCCUGCCACACUUCUUCAAGUUCUUUUGGAAUCACCGCAUGGCGCUGGACAGACGAAACUACCGCCAGCUGGUGGACACCACCGUGGAGAUUGCCAACAAGGUGGGCGCCUCUGAGAUCAUCAAUCGUGUGGUUGAUGACCUGAAGGACGAGAACGAGCAAUACAGGAAAAUGGUUAUGGAAACGGUGGAGAAGAUCAUGGGCAAUCUGGGAGCAGCGGACAUCGAUUCACGCCUGGAGGAGCAGCUUAUUGACGGCAUUCUGUACGCCUUCCAGGAACAGACCACCGAGGACGUGGUGAUGUUGAAUGGCUUUGGCACCAUUGUAAAUCAGCUGGGCAAGCGUGUGAAGCCCUAUUUGCCACAGAUUUGCGGUACGAUUCUGUGGCGAUUGAACAACAAAUCCGCGAAAGUGCGUCAACAAGCGGCGGAUCUGAUCUCCAGAAUAGCGGUAGUGAUGAAAACCUGCCAGGAGGAGAAGCUUAUGGGACAUUUGGGUGUUGUGCUGUACGAAUACCUGGGCGAGGAGUACCCUGAAGUAUUGGGCAGCAUCCUGGGCGCCCUGAAGGCCAUUGUGAAUGUGAUUGGCAUGACCAAGAUGACGCCUCCCAUCAAGGACUUGCUUCCCCGGCUCACUCCCAUCCUAAAGAAUCGUCACGAGAAGGUGCAAGAGAACUGCAUUGAUUUGGUGGGACGAAUUGCAGAUCGAGGCCCCGAAUAUGUGUCUGCUCGCGAGUGGAUGCGUAUCUGCUUUGAGCUCCUGGAGUUGCUAAAGGCCCACAAGAAGGCUAUCAGAAGAGCCACGGUCAACACAUUUGGUUACAUCGCCAAGGCAAUUGGUCCCCACGACGUGUUGGCUACUCUGCUAAACAAUCUAAAAGUCCAGGAGCGACAGAACCGCGUGUGCACCACUGUGGCCAUUGCCAUUGUGGCCGAAUCCUGUCGACCUUUCACCGUGCUCCCUGCUUUGAUGAACGAGUACCGAGUACCCGAGCUUAACGUCCAGAACGGUGUUCUGAAGUCCCUAUCCUUCCUCUUCGAAUACAUCGGGGAAAUGGGCAAGGAUUACAUAUACGCCGUCUGCCCGCUCUUGGAAGAUGCCCUUAUGGACCGAGAUCUGGUCCACAGACAAACCGCCUGCUCCGCGAUCAAGCACAUGUCAUUAGGAGUCUAUGGCUUCGGCUGCGAGGAUGCUUUGACGCAUCUGCUCAAUUACGUGUGGCCCAAUAUCUUUGAGACCUCCCCCCAUCUUGUGCAGGCCUUCAUGGACUCCGUCGAUGGCUUGAGGGUAUCUCUGGGACCCAUCAAGAUCCUGCAAUACACCCUACAAGGACUCUUUCAUCCCGCUCGCAAAGUAAGGGACGUCUACUGGAAGAUCUACAACUCGCUGUACAUCGGGGGUCAGGACGCACUGAUUGCCGGCUAUCCGCGGAUCACCAACGACCCGAAGAACCAAUACGAGCGCUACGAACUGGACUACACGCUCUAAGUUUAAAUAGCUAAUCGGCUAGCAGUAGGAUUCUCUAAGAUUCAAUUUAUAAAUCCAAACAAUACCAAACAA